CUGACGUACGAGCCCGCUCGCCAAACGCCUCCUGCCCCGGCCCCGCGGAGCUGGCUCUGCUCGGCACCGCGCUGCUGGCAUGGCCGUGCCGGRGCUCUGAGGCUCUGAGCCCAGCCUAACCCCGAUCCCGGCCCAUGGACGGCAAAACAUCCCCGACCACUGCCUCGCCCAGCAGUGUGCCCCCCAGCCUCCUCCAUGUGUCCACGGUCAGCAGCAUCUUCGGUGCCCGACCUCCGCCGCCCCGAGAGAACGUCCUGGGCAUCAGCUUCAAACCCUACAGCCCCGAGUCCGGYCCGGCCCCGAGCCCCUGCUCGGCCUGUGAGAGCACACGAUCCUCCAUGUUCAGAGCUCCCUGCAUGAGCCAGCGGCGCCUUGCGCUCAUCUUCUGCGUCUCCGUGCUCAUCGUGCUGCUCGUCGCCCUCAUCCUGCUCUUCAUGUUCUGGCGGUCACAGACGGGCAUCGUGUACAAGGAGCCGGCGGAGAGCUGCAAGGACAGCGCCGUGCGCUGCGACGGCAUCGUCGACUGUUCGCAGAGGAGCGACGAGCUGGGCUGUGUGCGCUUCUCCUCCGACGAGUCCUUGCUCCACGUCUACUCCAGCACCGAGAGCCAGUGGCUGCCGGUGUGCAGCAGUGACUGGGACGAGUCCUUCUCCAGGAAAACCUGCCGGCAGCUGGGAUUUCAGAAUGCGUCACAGACCGAGUUCAUCCCCCUGCGUGUCCCUGGCAAGAGCCUCACGGUGACUGAGGAGAGAGACACCAUCCAGCAGAGCCUCAACAGCUCCCAGUGUCUCACAGGAAAGUACGUCUCUCUCCGAUGCACAACCUGCGGGCAGAGGAUUUCUGGCCGGAUCAUCGGGGGAAAGGAGACGUCAGUGAACAAAUGGCCGUGGCAGGUCAGCGUGCAGUACGGGCCCAUCCACAUCUGCGGCGGCACCAUCAUCGACGCGCAGUGGGUGCUCACUGCUGCCCACUGCUUCUUCAUGAACAGCAUGAAGAUCCUGGACGAUUGGAAGGUGUACGGAGGGGUGUCGGACCUGAAGCAGCCCAUGGAGGGCAUCCCCGUGUCGCAGGUCAUCAUCAACUCCAACUACAGCGACGACCACGACGACUACGACAUCGCCCUCAUGAAGCUCUCCAGGCCGCUGACGCUCUCAGCCCAGGUCCGCCCCGCCUGCCUGCCCAUGUACGGCCAGCGAUUCCAGACCGGCCGGUCCUGCUUCAUCACCGGCUUCGGGAAAACCCGGGAGAAUGAAGAUAACACCUCCCCGAAGCUGCGGGAGGCCGAGGUGAAGCUGAUCGACUACAAGAUCUGCAACAGCGACAAGGUGUACGAGGGCUACCUGACCCCGCGCAUGAUGUGCGCCGGGUACCUGCAGGGAGGGAAGGACGCCUGCCAGGGUGACAGCGGAGGGCCYYURGUCUGYGAGGACGACGGYCGCUGGUACGUGGCUGGGGUGACGAGCUGGGGGACAGGAUGUGGCCAGAAGAACAAGCCCGGAGUGUACACGCGUGUGACAAAGCUCCUCAGCUGGAUAUACAGCAAAAUGGAGAGCGAGAACGACUAACAGCGGGAUGGACACUCGCCUCUCCGGCUGGCACGGGUCACUGCCCUGGGCUGCUGCCAGSACACGGUGCCACCGGCCAAUCCCCCGCCUCUCUCUGGACUGUCCGUGCAGCCAGGGAGCUGUGGCUGYCCCCGAACUCUGAAAACAGCGCCUGCAAAGUGACCCUGCCCUCAGCCGGUGCCAGGGUGACGCGGUGGCUGGGCACAGCACCCGGCCGGGCCCGGGGGGACACAGCCCGUGCCAGCGGCUGGCCGUGCUGGCUGGGGGACACCUCCUUGCCCCGCGUCCGCGGCUCUUCUCCUGUAAAUAGACCUGUCUGGACAGGGUGUGCGAGUGCUUCCUGGCAGGAUCGUGGCGCUGAGGGGCUGCCAGCAGUGCCCGCCGACAGGGAACUCUCUCCCCGUGCCAGGUCACAGCUGUGCCACCUCGGGGUGCAGAUGUGGCAGCUCUGUCGGCAGUGAUCUGGCGGCUCUGUCGCGCAGGGGAGCCCCGRGGUGCGGAUAUUGCGCCCUCUGGGAGGGGCGGCCGCUGCUCUCGUGUUUGUGGAUGGAUUUAGGAAGCGCCUUUUACUCGCUGUCCCUCCCUGCGAGACAAAUGCCCGUUCAUUUAUUUCUCCGUGCCAGCGCUCCCUCCCAGCGCUGCGGCCGCUCUCGUUCUGCUCCGGGGAGGAUUGGGGCGGGUCUGCACCCUCGUGUGGCUGUGGGAGGGGUGACAGAAGCCAGCAGCAGCCAAAGCAGGGGUGACAGAAGCCAGCAGCAGCCAAAGGCCACGCCGGACCGUGGUGCAGGGCAAUCGCCAUCCCGGGCAGUGCCCGCUGUGAGCCAACCCGGGAUCUCCCUGCUGGGAGCUCUGCAGUGCCCGAGCGCUGCCUCCUGCCUGCUGUGGGGGCACUGCCAGCCUCUCCUCCCUGCCCACGCCCCAGCAGGGACACAUUGCCCUCGAGGAAACAAACGCCUGCGUCUCCUUGUGGAUGUUGGGGGCGCGGGGACACCCCCAGGGCCAGCAGAGUCCGGCUGCUCCUCUCUCUAGCCCUGUGGUCAGCUGCAGCGGGGUCCCGUGGAGCCUGGCCAGCCUGCACUCUUCUAAUAAAUGUUUUGGCAGUGCUCCACGUGGAGAUGGCUCUUCGGGAUGGGCUGGAAAGGAAGAGCGAAGUGCCAAGGUACCAAGGAUCCCUGGAGAGAGGGCGUGUGAUGGAGAGGCCCUUCCUGCCCUUCACCCUCUGUGUUACUGCUCGUGGCUGGGAGAAAAGCGAUGUUUUAGGUUCCUCGGGUUCUGGAAACAUCCCCUGUGUCCCCAGCACUGACCACUUCCCUUGGAGAAGGUUAUGGGCAGCUGUGGUUUGUGCUGGGAUUUUUGGACMGCGGGUCUGCUCUGGUUCUGGGUGUGCAGAAAGCACCUGCCCGUCCCUGGGACUGGGGCUGCCACCUGAUGGGAAGGGGAGGGUGAAUUCCUUGUUUUGCCUCUCUUCCCAUGGAUUUGGAGCGGUGCUGGGUGGCUGCCCCGGGCCUGAACCGAAACAAAGGGAGUCGGUGCCUUUUGGGAUGCACUGAGUCAGCCUGACCUCAAAUCCCUUUUCRGAGCAGCAGCCCAGAAACCUCCCACGGAUGGGGGAGGAAUGGAGCGCGCAGAGCCCAGGGCUGUUCUCACUCYGUAACCUGUGAAAAGGGCCGGGGCAGCCCUGCUGAGCUCCGGGGAGGGGUUUGGGGGGCUCCUGCUCCCCUCUCUCCGAGGAUGGAAGCGUUGCAGUGCCUGCCCCGCGUGGGCAGCGCUGACGGCACCACAAUUUCCCAUAAACAGAAGCAGCUGAUCCUGAGUAAGAGAUGGGGCCCUGCCUGGCUUCUCUGUUUUAUUUUGGUCCGGUUCAAGUGGGAAUCCAGUGGGAUUUAAGGCACAGAGCCAGGCKGAGGUUUGUCCAGAGGCUCUCGGGGAUCUGGGGGUUUCUGUGGAUGAUUUGGAGCUUGCCCCAUGGAGCAGCACCUCACCGUGAUUUAUUGCUGGAGAAAUAGAUCUUUUGGGAAGAAUUAACCCAAAAAUUGGAACCCAGUAAGAGCUGAUCCUGCCAGAGCUGUGUUUCUGGGAGCAGUGAUGGUAACCCCCUUUCAGCUCAUGUGGGAACUGCUCCUCUGCCAUGGAUUUCAGCCCCUUACACAAAUUUAAUUUAUUUCUUUAAACCUUCCAUCCAGCAGGGUCUUCCCCCAGCCCCACAGGCAGGUAUGCUGUGUUUUCCCAAGGGAUGAAGUUUUCUAAGCAGAUUAGAAGUGAUUAUUUUCCCGUGGAGCCRCCUGGCCACGGCUGUCACCUGUCACGCUGUUCCCAAAUUCUGAUGUCUUGGACACCACUCCUGGGGCAUUGUCCACACCCUGGGGGAGCAGAGUUGUGGUGGGUGUCAGCUCAGUCCCGAGGAGCUCCCGGGACAGCCCAGGCCAUCACUUGUGGCUCUUGUAAAGCCCUUUUCUUCCUCACCACAUCCUCCUCCAGAGCAUCUUCCGUGACAUGGGGUGCUGAGCGUGACCCCACAUCUGUCCUGGCUGUUCCCAUGUUCCUCUGUGCUCUGGAAAUCAUAGUCCAGUGUCCCAAAGGGACAGAAAUUACAAAAAUACAGCCUGGCGGGCACCACGUGAAUUACCACCCAUUAGCGGUGGUUUUCCCGAUCUCUCCUUUUAUAGCUCUUUGUUCUGCUGUGUCAAAACAGAUUUGUUUAUAGGGUUUCAGCGAUGAUGUUUCCCUGCAAAAAUGCUUUUCCUCCAGUUGGGGAUUGGUUCCUUUCCAUGGUCAGUAACAUCAUCACUUGGCACGGAGUCACAGGGCUCCACGGGGGAGAGCAGGAACCUCAGAGCAGCCUCUGCUUGAUCCCUGCUCCUGCAGGGGUUCAGGGCACAAGGAAUGACUGGGACCUGAUGGAAAAUGAUGUUAUUGGGGUAAACGCAGCCUUAUGGCUACACGCAGCUUUUGUCACUGCUCGGCUCUCCUGUGUCCCUGAUGGCGCCGAGGGCUGCGUUGCCACUGAACAGGUGAUUUCCAAGUUUGGCAUUACAGGGACAGACCUUGAAAUGGGAGGGGAAAUCUCUUUUCCUCCACAAAGAGCAGCACAGGGGACGCUUCCCUUCCCAUAUUCACAUUGGGGUCUCUAUUUUGAAUUUGUACAGGGAAGAAAA